ACCCGGAAACUGCCCACACAAAUAUCACACGAUCCGGCUGUAGAGAAAAAAAAGAGAGCUGCCGAUCCCCUUUUCAGAAGGAUGGCUUCGUCGUUGUUCCUCAGGUCCGCCGCAGGCCGCGUAAUUCGGCGAUCGAUCCCGCAGGGCUCCUUCCCUCGGAACCCUGUCCGGUUCUUGUACGAUGGUGUUGGGAGGAUCGAAUCCAAGGGCCCCAAGACCAGCCUCGACGUGGCAUUAGAAGAGUUAAGCAAAAAAGUAAGUGAGGUGCAAAAAGAAACCCGCAGCUUGGUAGAACACGAAAAACUUUUGGAGAAACGGGAGCAACGGCAAAGAGUAUUAUCGUAUUUCUUAGUUCCCACUGCCGCCGGUGUCUGGAUAUUUGGUCCAGACAAGAAGAAGGAAAGCAACGAAGCUAAUCAUCCAUGUUGUGUUUGUGCUAGUACUUCUGUGCAGAGCUGAACUUGAUUUGUGGUGUAAGGGUGCAAAUUGAUCAACCGUCAACUUCUCCAUGCAACAACAGACAGGGACGAAGCUGGAAAUUUUAUCUGAUGGUGUCUGCUCUAUGUUCAAUGGUGCUAGCUUCACAUAUAAAUAGUGAUUAGUGUAGAUUUAGUGAGAGAUUUGUAAAAAUCAUUGGUGUCAGCUGACACCAGUUCCAACUUCCAAUGAAGCAGCUCCGUCCAUGA